CAGCCCCUUCUCAUGAGAACUAUUUAUACCUUUAAGAGAUCAAACUAAAACUCACUUGUACCUCACCAUCACAACAUGUAUCUCCUCACUCUGGUCCUUGGGAUUGUGCUUCUCCCUGAAGCCAGGACCCUGAUAUGUUAUGAGUGUGCACCAGGACAGACUGGAACCUGCACUGAAACAACACAAUGUCCUUCACAGAAGAAUCAGUGUGCUGUACAAAGACUUGUGUCUUAUACGGGUGGUUCAGAAGUUUUGAAUGUCACAGAAAAAUCAUGUGCUUUGCCAGAGGAGUGUGGAGAGCACUCACUCAACUUUGGAGUCUCCAGAACCGUAAUUGCCAGCAAGUGUUGCAGCACCAACCUCUGCAACACCCAACCUGCCUCAGGGGUCACCCCAGCCGUUCCAAAUGGUAGAAAGUGUUUCAGUAGUGAUGGACAAACGAGCACCACAACUCUAAACUGCCUGGGGAAUGAGGACCACUGCAUCUCAGCAACAGUGAGUACAGGUGACCAAAUGGUGACUUUGAAGGGCUGCGCCUCCAAGGUAAUCUGCACAAACAAGGAAUCUGCACAGAUGAUGGGAACCAUUGGAGCAGAAAUGAGCUGCUGUCAGGGCGACUACUGCAACAGUGCCAGCAGUACAAGUGCUGGCCUCAUGCUGCUGGUGGCACCACUGAUCUCUUUGGUUCUGAGCUGAUGGAGAAAGAAGAAUCACUGCCCAGAUUUGCUUCACAUCACUGUGUAGACUCGUAGCACUUACUGCCUCACACAUGACCUUAAGUGAUAUGUGACCAACAGGAAAAAAUAAACAUAUUCUCUGCUUGUGAUAUAGAUCUGUCUGAGAAAAACAUGAUUUUUAGGUUGUUUGAGUCAUUUGAGUAUUUAAUGUAAUUCUGCAACUAUUCGAGGCUGUAAAUGAAUAAAUGUUUUUAUUGCUGUG